AUGGAGGCGGUCGUGGGGACCAGCCGGCUGGCCGCGCAGCGUGAGCCGCGCGAUGCGGGCGUCGGUGCGUCGUGGUUCCACUCGCACGGGCGUAUCUGGGUGCCGUUCCCCGAGGUCGAUAACCUCGCGCUCGAGGAGGCCUAUGGGCGGGUGCACGCGCAGCUCGCCGGGCGCCGCGCGACGCAGGGCACGUCGUCCAGCGGUGCGCCGCCUGCGCGCUCGUGGCUCAGCUCGUCGUUCUGGUCGUCGCGGACGGACGAGAACACGUCCGUGCUCCCGCCGCCGGCGCCGCCGGCGCCGCCGGACAAGCACGCGCUGCCGAGCUACCGCGCUACGGACCCCGACGAGCCUGCCGAAGAGCGCCAGUUCCGCGUCGCUGUGCUGGAGGACCGCUUGUUCGACGUGGACUUGUCGCAGAUGAUCAUGUAUCCCGCGCUGUGGGCCGGCUACGACCAGCCUGUGAUCCGCGCGCACUGGUACUACGUCGCGUCGGACGGCGCGACGUCCCCGAUCGGAUGCGACACCCUCCUGGAGGCGGAUAUCCUGCAGGCCUACCACACGGCCGAGCCGUGGCGCCUCUCGCACCGCCUCAAGGGCACGCUGUCCAAGAGCCGGGGGGAGGAGGUGCCGCUGUACGACCUGCCGAGCGUCGUCGGCGGCGCCAAGAUCCACUUUGAGGCGCCACACACCGCGCGUAUUGUCACGCAGCACCUCGGCAGCAAACUGUUUCCGUUUUCGCGCGACGCAUUCCUGGUCCGCGGCCUCGUCCAUGCGCGCGAGCUGAGCGAGCGGCUGCGCUCCGGCACCGCGUGGCAGCGCCGCGCGGACUCGCCGCCGAAGCGCACGCCCACAGCGUCGCCGGCGAUGCAGGCGGCCGACACGCCCCCUGCCGACGCGCCGCCACCUCCGCCACCAGCCGACGCGCCGCCGGCCGCCGGGACGAUCGGCGAGCGCGUCGCGCCGUCCGACCCGAGCGUGUCGCCCACGCCCUGGGUCGCGCUGAGCGAGGCCUUCAUGUCGAAGGCCUGGUCGUUCCGGCGGUCGCCCGCGCCUGCGCCGCAGGAUCCAGGGGACGAGAGCACGUCGAGUGAGAGCGACGUCGAGGACCGCUACGACGACGAUACAUCGAUGCCCUGCACGUCGAGUCGGCCGCCGGAGCUGCUGUUCUGCAUCCACGGCAUCGGCCAGAAGCUCUUCGAGGACUAUGCGACCAUGCACUUUGUGCACGACAUUGACCGCCUGCGCACGCUCAUGCGCACGCAGAUGCAGGACGCCGACCUGCGCCCGCUGCUCAACGGCGGGCGGGUGAAGCUGAUCCCCAUUUGCUGGCGCCGCGGCCUGCAGUUCGAUCCGGACGUCGGCUACACACUCCAGGACCUCACGAACGAUGCGACGAUCCCGGCCGUGCGCAACAUCGUGACCAAGGCGCUGCUCGAUAUCCCCUUCUACUUUUCGCGGCACCACGGCGCGAUGAAGCAGGCGGUCCUCCACGAGAUGAACCGCCUGUACCGCCUCUUUGUGCAGCGGAACCCCGAGUUUGAGCAGCUGGGCGGGCGCGUAUCGAUCAUGGGCCACUCGCUCGGCUCGAUGCUUGCCGCGGACCUGCUCAAGAUGCAGCCGACGCUGGUGCCGCCCGUGCGCGAGAUCGACGAGGCGCACAUCCACGUCACGAGCCCCCACCUCCUGUUCAACACACGCUACCUCUUCUGCACGGGCUCGCCACUGCCGUUCCUCCUCUACAUGAACGGCGCCCAGCUGCGGGCGCGCCGACGCCCGGGCAACGACGCAGACGAUGCCACGUCAGACGCGGUCGGCCAGGACGGCUGCUUCGCCGUGGAGGCCAUCUACAACGUGUAUGCGUCGACCGACCCCGUCAGCUUCCAGAUGUCCGCGACGGCCGAUCCAGCCUACGCGCGCAUGAUGCGGCCCGUGGACCUGCCGCGCGACGCCGCGCACCUGCCCGACGCUCUCGACAAGCCGCGCCUGAACAUGGGCAAGCUGCUCCAGCGCGUGAUGCGCGCACGCUCCGACGACCCGACCUCGCCCGAGCUGCGCGCAACGAGCCAGCCAGGCACGCCGCUCACUCUCCCCGUGCCGCUCGAGGAGAUGGAGCGCGGCGAGCGCCGCUUCCACGCGCUGAACCCCAACGGGUGCAUCGACUAUGCCAUGGACGUCGACUCGCCCAGCUCGGUACGUGCCGCGCACUGA